AUGAUUGCGGGAGGCUGCGCGUACUUCGGCAGGGAGCUGGCGGCCGCGGCCGGCUGGACGGCAGGAAGCUACUCCGCGAGCUCCCGCCUUGGCAGCGUCGCGUCCGCGCAGUACUUCGUCCACAACGACGGCGGUACUCCCUCAGCCGGUGCGGCAGCCGUCCCGGACGAGGGAUCAGGCGUUUACGGUGCCAUCGGGGGGAUGGAUCGUCGCACCAGCUUCGCCGGCUAUGGCAGCGCCCCCCUGCCCAUGGCGACGGCCGCGCCGGCUCGACCGCCGCUGCUCGCCAGAGCCAACGGACCGCUGAUCAAAGCAUCGUGGACGGACGAGGAAGAUGAGAUUCUGACGAAAGCAGUGCGGGAACAUGCUGGCAACCAGCACCGGAAGUGGACGGCGAUUGCCGAGCACCUCCCAGGGCGAACCGGGAAACAGUGCCGCGAGAGAUGGGUUAACCACGUCGACCCCACCAUUGAGAAGAAAAGGUGGACCGAGGCGGAGGAUAUGGAGCUGAUCGCGGCGCACCGGAGGUGCGGCAACCGCUGGUCAGCGAUUGCCAGAAAGCUCUCCGGCCGUUCCGAGAACUCCGUGAAGAACCACUGGAACGCCACAAUGCGUAGCCUAAAGGCCAAGCGCACGCUCAAGAAGCGGAACUGCGAGCAGCUACCUCCCGGCAAGCCCUCCCUCCUCGCCGACUACAUCCGUAACCUCUACCCUGCCACCGAAUGGCCACCAGCAGUGUUACCGGCGGCGACCGCGCCGCCGACCAAGCCCGAUCACCAAAAUCAUCCAGUUGGUCCAGACACCGGCAUUGCCGCUGCGCCGCUGGCCUACGCCGCCCCGUCCAUGGCUGGCAUGUACUCCACAAACAUGCAGCACUCCUGGGCACUGGACAUGAACUCCGCGGCUGCCGGGUACCCGUACUACAUCCCUCCCUACCCGCAGUUGAACUACCACCUGCCCUACGUCCCGCCUCCGACGCCAGCGCAGAUGAUCAAGGUGCAGGACCUGCAGGCGGCCGCGGCGUACGCGAGCACGAACGAGGUGAACCCGUUCGCUGACCAGCAGAACUGCCUGCAGCCGGAGGCGGAGAUCGACCACGGGUUAUCCACCAACGACACGAUGGGCCACGUUGGUGGUGGUGGCGGUGGUGCUAACGACUGGUGCUACUUCAGCACCAACGGAGCUGGCCUGAGCCGUAGCAUUAGCGGCGGUGGUCCAGGCGACAUCGACGUGGUACAAAUGGCCUCGAGGGAGUUUGAGGUGCUGGACCAGUACAUGGCCACCCUCGACCAUCUCACUCAGUUCAACUGA